GAAGAAAUCAUGACAAAAUUAAAAGUUUACAAAGACAGCAUGAAAUGAAUCUACAAAUUUGGUGACACGACACCAAAUGGUUUAGGUGAGUAUUCAUGUCAAAAUAAAACAAAUAGUUGGCUCUAAUCCAACAACGCAUACUUUAAAACCAUAGUGGUUUGACUUACUAACACAAAAACAUCUCAUUGACUUAUAAUCAAACACAACAAAAAAAAAACUUUUAUAAAUAACCGAACCAAACGUAAUAGAAACGAGCAAAUAGUCCCAAAAUGGAACCAAAAGAAACAGAGCCACCUCGAAAACAAUUGAGACAGCCACCUUCUGUUCCAUUCAUUUGGGAAGAACGACCUGGCCUCCCAAAGAAAAACUGGCAACCUUCACUAGCCACCUUCGUGCCUUCUCCUCCUCCGCUUCCACCACCUAUACCGGUCCCGGUUAAGCUGGUCACUUCGGUUCCUUUCCGUUGGGAACAAACCCCCGGAAAACCACUACCUUCUUCCUCAAACGACCCACCUCAGCUUCCACAUCCGCCACUUGAAACCGCCACAGCUCCUCCGCUACCACCUCCGGUUCCAGUCCCGGUUAAGCUGGUUACAUCGGUUCCAUUCGUUAGGGAAGAAACUCCCGGACAACCAUACCCUUGCUUUGUUGAUACAAACCAAACCGAGCCGUUGGAUCAACCUCUGCCACCGCCUCCCAUGUACGGCGAGGUUGAAACCAACAGCGAUAUUUACGAUGACGCAAGCAGUGAUUCCUUCAGCUCUGUACCGUCUCUGUUAACAGGAAACCGGUCGGUUCCGGUAUCCGGUGCUGUUACGGUGGAUGAAUUUGAUGAAAAUCUGAAUAGAGAGACGAGCUCGGUGCCAACAUCGCCGGGUUAUGAAUCUGAUGACAGUACGAGCAGUUACAUGACGGGAGCUUCAAGCCUUGUUGGAGCUUCGUUCUUGGAAAAGCUCUUUCCACGUCUUCUUCCACACGAAAAGGUCGAAGCUGCUGCUGCCUCUUCUGAGGAUCAUCUUCAGGUCACUACUCGUACGUUGCAUGAAGAAGUAAAGCUUACAACAGCUUCUGAUAACAUGAACAUUGGCUUUCCUGUGAGGACGCCGCAGACACUAGGGGAGCUGAUAAUGAUGAGCCGAAGGAGAAGUUACAUGAGAAGAGCUGUUGAAAUGAGAAAACACAAUCCUUCCAAGGAUUUUACAAGAUAUGGCGCUGAGAGUUGCUGCCUCUUUGUGCCGGGAAUCAAAAUGAUAGAAGGACUUGAGUGGAAAAAAUACCAACCGAGACUGAAGCUCAUUUAGAAGAAGACUCUUAUAAAAGUUCCUCACAGUUUGCAUCCGAAAAGCCGUUGUCUUUUCAUAGAAGAAGAAACUUGUAAACUCUAUCUGCUGUAAA